AUGCCCGCCCACUUCUACACCUACAAUUCUCUCAAUCCCUCUGCCGUGAACACUCAACCUGCCGCGUGGCACUGGGAAGAUCCAGCAGAUUGGCCGCGCACCUAUCUCUACGUUUCUAACCAGAACGGCGCACAGGGAAUCCAUCCUCCAGCUCCCGUCUAUCAGUCAAACCAACCUGCUCAGCCCACUAUGUACUACUUCCAGGCAAGUGGUAGUGCCAGUGCCCCAGCUGGCUACUACGUCAAUGGCAUCUACCAUGGAACAAGCCCUCCCACUGCCUCAACUGCUGCAGCCGCGACCUCGUACCAAGUCCCGUUCGCCGCUGCCCCGAUCUGGUCUCAGUCUCCGGGCCCAGCGCAAGCCGCCGCCGCAGUCGCGGCCAACGCCGCCCUCGCCGCAAUGCCGAAUGCCCCAGCCUACUUUGUCGGAGCCACGGCAGCAGACAUUCAAGCCCAUAACGCCAUCUUGCUAGCCAACAUGCAAGCCGCGCAACAGCAGCCGAGUCAACUCGUGCCAUUCAAGCCUGGUCAGAGCCCGCAAUUCUGGUGCAAGGAACUCGACUCCAGCUGGACUUUGAGAGAAUACAGCGACGCAUUGAAGCCAGAUUUUCCACCUGGUCACUGGGAGAAACAUGCCACAAGUGGGUAUCACUACUACGUCCGUCACGCUACUUGA